AUACAAAGGUUCCCAGCCGCUAGGGGAGAAGUGACAGGGACACGGAUCUCUGCAGUUCUGAAGAGGGGAAGGAUGAUUGGGUGCAUGUGUUUCCUUUUCAGGGAAAGCUGCUCAGAGGCUCUGGGGCUAUAAAACCCACCAGCGCCUGCGGGAGAGGGAGAAGCUCAGAGAGAUGGCUUUCGACCGCAUUUACCAGAAGUGUGAAGAGUCUGACCGAGUGCAGCUCAAGGAACAAGAGGCAGAAAUGGUGGCUGGAAGAGCAGGGAGUGCCUGGCUGCAGUUCCCUACGGGCCCGAAGGAGGCGGCAAAGUCCAUAUUAACCCUUUACGCCCUGCAUGCGGUGUUGUUCGUGCUGUGGGCCGUGCUCCUCGCCGUGGCAAUUGCAAAGUACGCAGAGAUGUCCAGGGAGCUGGAGCAGAUGCGGACUGAUCAAUCCAUGCUCAGAGCCAGUGGCUCCGAGAUGGCGAAGGAACUGGGGAUGCUUCAUUUCAAUCAAUCCGCCAUGCACAGCACUGGGGAGGAGCUGGCCAAGGAGCUGAAGAGGCUGCAGUCGGACCAGGCCACGCUGAGAGUGGAAGUGUCCAGGAAUCUGGCCAAAGCGAAACAUGACAGAGAUGACAUCAGGGCCGAGACCUACCAUAUCCUGGAUGCCGCACAGAAAGGGAAUGGCACUUCCCAGUGCCAGCCUGGCUGGGAGCAGUACCGAGGGAGGUGCUACCUUUUCUCCUCGGCUGCCCAGGGCUGGCCGGUGGCCAGAAGGACCUGUUUGAGCCAGACUGCUGAUCUGGUGGUGAUCAACGAUCAAACGGAGCAGAAUUACUUGGCCAUUAAAGCUGAUUCUGUUCGUCACUGGAUCGGCUUCACAGACCAAGGGACUGAAGGUGUCUGGCAUUGGGUGGACAAUACUCCUGCGGCAUUUACGUUUUGGGCCACAGGGGAGCCCAAUAACAUGUACAGUUUUCACAUAAGAGAUGAGGACUGCGCCCACCUGCAUGAGGACGGACGGUGGAAUGACGAGCCCUGCAACUUGCGCUACAGGUGGAUCUGCGAAAAAGCUGCUUAUGUCUAAAUGGCCGGAGUCCUGCCUUUGCUCUGAGCACUGGCUGAAAUGUACCCUGGCCCCUGAGGCCUGUGAACCAUUCCAGCCCCACACCAGUCCAUUAGGGUUGCCAGCUUUGAAAUCACACAAAACUGAACACCCUUGCCCUGCCUCAGCCCUGAGGCCCCACUCACACAAUCCCACCCCCCAUUGCUCUCUCUCCCCUCCCUCACGCACUUUCACAGGGCUGGGCAGGGGCUGGGGUGCAGGAGGGGGUGAGGGCUCCGGCUGAGGGUGUGGGCUCCAGGCUGGGGCCGAGGUAUUCAGAAUGUGGGAGGGGACUCAGGGCUGGGGCAGGGGAUUGGAGUGCAGAAGGGGGUGCAGGCUCUGGGUGGGGGUGCGAGCUCCAGGCUGUGGCCGAGGGGGUUGGGGUUCGGGAGUGGGUGCGGGCUUCGGUUGGAGGUGUGGGCUCUGGGGUGGGACCAGGGAGGAGUGAUUUGGGGUGCAGGAGGGGGAUCAGGGCUAGGAGAGGGGGCUGGGGUGAAGGAAGUGGUGUGCGGGAUCUGGGAGGAAGUUUGGAUGCGGGAGGGGGUUUGGGGUGCGGGCUUCUGCCAAGCAGCGCUUGCUUCAGGAGGCUCCCAGAAGUAUCCAGCAUGUCUGGCCCCAGGCAAAGGGGCAGGAGGCUCAGCAUGCUGCCUGCACAUGUGGGCACAAUCCUCGCAGCUCCUGGCAAAUGGGACCUGUGGAGCUGGUGCUCAGGGCGGGGGCAGUGCCCCUACACCUAGGAGCUGGAUAUGCUGGCCGCUUCCAGGAGCCACAUGGAGUCAGGGCAGGCAGGGAGCCUGCCUUUGCCCCACUGUGCCACAGUCUGGACUUUUAGCGGCCUGGUCAGUGGUGUUGACUGGAGCCGCCAGGGUCCCUUUUCAACCGGGCGUUCCACUCAAAAACCAGACACGUGGCAACCCUACAGCCCAGAGGGCUCGUGUGCUCCCUCUCCAUACAGGGGCGAAUUUCUCCCGCGGCGGCCACCCACCAGAGAUGCUCCACGCUCUGCCAGUGCCACCCUGCCCCCCAUUCACCACUGCUUCAUGUUUACAAACUUGCUGUUCGCAGUGCAAGCCCCUUCUCCCCUGCAAUCCCUGCCGCCUGCAUCCGGCCCCCAUGUCUCCUGCCCACUCUGAACGCCCAUCGCUGUGUGAACCCAGCGAUGCCUGUUUUGGUGCCAUAUGGGGGAGGAGGCAGCUGGGGGCAGUGGUUAAAACGGGGGGGCUGGGAGUCAGGUCUCAGCUCUAGGUGGCUGCUCCCCGCUGUGCUCUGCCGACCCUGCUGUGAAAUGGGGUGAGAAUGCCUCCUCCAACCGUGGGCGGGGCAGGCUGGCGAAUAGAGGCUUUAGACCCACCUUGAGAUGCUUGUGUGGUUGUGGCCAUGUAAGUGGAGAGGGCCUUCAGUGCUACAUAGGGUGUGGAGGGCGACCCUGUGCGGAAUACAGCUACCUUGGACUCAGAACAUGUGCUGGUGUAAACUGACUCGUUUCUUUGUGUAAUUCUGGGUGUGCACUCACCAGAGGGCUGAGAUGUACAUACACACACACACACAGCUGGGCUGUGCUGGGACCGCAGGAGGUCUCUUCUCCUCUGCAGCCAGAGGCUGGUGGCAGCCCCAUGAUCUUCUGGGAGCCACUGGGGAUCACACUGGGCUGAAGUGGAAUAAAAAUGGUGCCUAGUUCUCAUGCUGGGCCUUGCCCAGGGGUGAGAAGGGAUAACAGUCUCAAUCCCUCUAUCCCGACAUGAUUCUGGGAGCUGAGGCCCUAGCCAUGGGCUUGUAGCACCUACGCCUUCAUCCAGCCAUGGGCCUCAUAUAGGGGGAGGAUUAGGAGGAACAGGCCAACAGCCACACUGGGUCAGACCAAUGGUCCACCUAGCCCAGUGUCCUGUCUCUGACAGUGGUAAGUGUCCGAUGCUUCUGGCAGGUGGAGGUUUAGGGACACCCAGAGCAUGGGGUUGCGUCCCUGAGCAUCUUGGCUAAUAGCCAUUGCUGGACCUAUCCUCCAGGAACUUAUCUCAUUUUUCUUUGAACCUGUGUGACAGGGUCAGGCCAGAUGGCUACAGGAGAGUAAUAGAAGGCAGAUAUAUUAGCCCCAGGUUAAGUAGGUCCCUUUGCCCUGGGUAAGGUAACAGGGAAGGUUCCAGAACAAUCAGGAACCUUCUGGAGACAAUUAAGACAGACAGGCUGCUUAGAACACCUGCAGCCAAUCAAGAAGCUGCUAGAAUCAAUUAAGGCAGUCUAAUCAGGGCACCUGGGUUUAAAAAGGAGCUCACUUCAGUUUGUGGUGUGCAUGUAAGAAGCUGGGAGCAAGAGGCACUAGGAGCUGAGAGUGAGAGUGAGAGUGAGA